UGUGUUUAUACUGAAAUGAAGGCAGGCGGAGCUCAUGACGACAGCGGGCUUCUGUUAUAACUAAGCACGGGUUGUUUUGGUGACAGUCUCCUUCAGUUCAUCUGCAGUUGUCCGUGAAUAUGGCGCUUGUUUGGAGGAAUAUACUCAUGCUUGUGUUUGCGCACUUUGUCGUGUCUCAAAGACGUAGUCCCAUUCGAUGUGGCGAACCAACAAAAUAUCCUGACAAGCAUCUGCUCAAAAAAUAUCUCCAGAAAGCAGAGUUCAAUGAUGGAGAAAAAGUGUUGUAUACAUGUGCCCUGGGUUACGAACCAUCAGCAGGAAGUCGAACAUCACAGUGUGUGCAUGGACAAUGGACAACCUUGAACAUGAAAUGCCAAAAGAAGAAGUGCAAUGCGCUGGGUGACAUAGAGAACGGGCAAUACAAUCAAGAAGGGCGAUCAUUUGGCGAUAAAGCCAUUGCUGUGUGUAAUGAAGGAUAUAUUUUGAGAGGAGGAGGAGUCCGGAUGUGCACGGAAAAAGGUUGGAAUGGGAUGGACCCCAUCUGUGAGGUGUCAAAGAUCAUCUGUUCAGCACCUGCUGUGGCAAACAGACAGAUACAACCUGGAGAAAGGACACAGUUCGCACCCCAAGACAUUGUAAACAUCGUCUGCAGUGAGGGAUUUGAUCUGAUUGGCUUGCCACAGGUCACAUGUGGAAGAGACGGCCAAUGGCAAGGCUUGCCUGUGUGCUCGAAAGUGAUGACCUGUUCAGCACCUGCUGUGGCAAACGGGAGGAUAAGACCUGGAUCUAGAGUGUACAAACCCAAAGACUCUGUAGACAUCACCUGUAGUGAGGGCUUUGAUCUGAUUGGCCCAGCACAGGUCAUGUGUGGACCAGACGGCCAAUGGCAGGCCUUGCCUGAGUGUCGCCUGAAAAGGAUUACAGUGAUGACAUGUUCAGCACCAGCUGUGGCAAACGGUAGGAUAAGACCUGGAUCUAGAGUGUACAAACCCAAAGACUCUGUAGACAUCACCUGUAGUGAGGGCUUUGAUCUGAUUGGCCCAGCACAGGUCAUGUGUGGACCAGACGGCCAAUGGCAGGCCUUGCCUGAGUGUCGCCCGAAAAGGAUUACAGAUAAAUGUGGUCCAGCUCCAUCAUACCCUCAUGCUUUCCCCAGAGACGAGUCCUCCACGCUGAAAGAGUAUCCGUCCGGUGCUCGCAUUCGCUACAAAUGCAGUAUAGGAUACGGGCGUGUCAGAGGAAGUACCAGUAUACACUGCCAGAACGGCCAGUGGACAAACCUGCAGCUCCGAUGUGAAAGGAAGAAAUGUGGAUCUGCUGGAGAGAUUUUCAAUGGCCAGUUCGAGUACACAGGCGUGUCAUUUGGAGAUUCGGCUACAGCCAUCUGUCAAGAAGGGUAUGAGCUGAUCGGCCCAAAAGUGCAGAUCUGCAGGGAUGGAGGCUGGGACAGAAGGAGCCCUGUGUGUGAACCUGUGCACUGUCCUCCACCUCCAGAGGUCAAGGGCGCUGAGAUGUUUGACCCCAUAUAUGACCAUGUUCCCUUCGGUCACGUGUUGUCCUAUCACUGCCAUACUGGAGCUCUGAUCGGUGAGAGAGAUAUUUACUGCACCAAGAGCGGCACCUGGAGCGCUCCUCCUCCUGAGUGCAAAGGCACUUUCUGUCCUAACCCACAUGUGCCAGGUGGAUCAAGAAUGAGGGGUUUUAGGCCGGUCUAUAAAUUCGGGAACACCGUGACAAUCGCCUGCAAUCCUGGUUUAAGGCUUAUGGGAGAGAGUUUUGUCACCUGUGGCCCAGAUGGGGAAUGGAUUCCAAAACUUCCAGAAUGUGUGUAGAAAUCUGCACAUGGAGCGAUGAAACAAACAAAUAUUCAACUGAAAGAAACAAUACAGCUGGCUGUCGCAAAGUCAUAAUUAAGCUUAUUUCUGUUCACUGUAUUUAAUUAAAAUGAGCAGAACACUA